AUGCAAGUUGCUGUUGAUGUCGAUUUUGUGUGGUUCAACUGUCGUACUUUUGACCGUUCUCAAUUUAAUAUGUCGUCUGAUGAGAGCGAUGGCGACUAUCAGGAGCAACGAGAGGAAGAAGAGGAGGAGGUGAAUAGUGGGUCUGGUUCAGAAAACGGAAACGAUGAAAAUGAAAAUGGCUCAGGAAGUGAGGACGAAGCACCGAAAAAGAAAAAUAGGAAGAGAAAAAUUAAUUCGGAAAGUGAAGACGAGGGGACUGGCGACAGCGAGAACGAAGAAGAAGAGAAGAAGGAAGUUCGCACCUAUAGAGUUUCGAAAAAGCCUCGAAAAGAAAACGGGAAGGAUCGUCGUCCUCGCGGUUCGGACUUCAUUUUGCAAGAUGUCGAUGUUGAUGACGAAGAGCAGGACGAGGACGAUUGGGAUGAUGAAGAAGAUCGAGCUCUUGAACCAAAUGAAAAGGAAGAGGCUGAAAAGUACAUGAAGCAGCUUGAUGCGGAAAGAAGACGGAACGAAAGAAACAAAUUCGCGUAA